CCGUCCCAUCACGGAAAUAUGUGUUGUCAUAAUAAUAUGGACACACACAGUUAAUCAAACACUCGGUUGGUUGCAUUUGAAUACGCGGGUCAGUGACUUCUAACGAUGGAGCGCUUUCUGUUUUAGUCGGCGUGUAAAGACCUGGAAAGUUGUGUCCAGCAGAUCGCGGAUGAUGAUGAUGAUGGACCGGACCGGACGUCUCUGUCUGUGCGUGCUGAUCUGUGUCGGUGUGGUCGCAUUGCAGUGUGAAGGAGGGAGCUCGGUCACUCUGCCCGAGUCUUUACUGUUCGUCUCCACACUGGAUGGGAGUUUACAUGCCAUCAGCAAACAAACCGGAGACAUCAAGUGGACGCUGAAGGAAGAUCCCAUCAUUCAGGUUCCAGUUUAUCUGCAAGAACCAGGUUUCCUACCUGACCCUAAUGACGGCAGCCUGUACGUGUUAGGAGACAAACACAAGCAUGGUCUGAUGAAACUGCCCUUCACCAUUCCAGAGUUGGUACAGUCCUCCCCCUGCAGGAGCUCAGAUGGAAUCCUCUACACAGGUAAAAAGCAGGACACAUGGUUUGUGGUGGACCCUCAGACCGGUGAAAAGCAGACAAGUUUAAGCACCUCGUCCUCGGACUCCAUCUGUCCCUCGGCUCUCCUGCUCUAUAUUGGACGUACAGAGUACAUGAUCACUAUGUACAACACAAAGACGCAAGAACUGCGGUGGAACGCGACCUACAACGACUACUCUGCUCCUCUCUACGACGAGCAAAAAUAUGAUUACAAGAUGUCCCACUUCGCCUCGGCGAGCGACGGCCUGGUGGUGACCGUGGACCGAGACUCGGGUGACAUGCUGUGGAUGCAGAAGUUCGACUCUCCCGUGGCGGGAUUUUACCUUUACACUCAGGACAGCCUGCGGCGGUUACCUCACCUCACCGUGGCUACAGAGACGCUCCGAUACCUCACGUUCAUGGCUCAAAACACACACUCACACACCGUCAGGUGGACCUACCAGUUCACACAGGAGCAGCACAGCACCAAAACCAAACUUGUUCCGUCUCUGUACGUUGGGAAGAUGGAUUCUCACCUGUACGCUUCCACCUCGCUUGUCCAUGAAGGCGUCACUGUGGUGCCUCACGGCCUCACCCUGGCACGGAUCGAAGGCCCGACCACGGUGGACGUGACGGUGGGGAACGGGCGGGGCGAGUGUGAGAUCACCCCCAGCACUGACGUCAAGUACCCACCAGGAAGCACCAACCCGCUGCAGAACCAGUGGCUGCUGAUAGGCCACCAUGAAGUUCCUCCUCUGGCUCACACCACCAUGCUAAGAGAAUUUCCCGAGAACCUGCAGCGCUCAGGUGACGUUAUUCCCCCUCAAGGAUCGGCGUCCUCGUAUCGGCCUGGACUUAAACCAUCGCCACCAGUAAAACGUCCAGGCUCUUACCCCACUGUACCCAACUCUUUGACCUCUGACCCUGUGACUCUGGUGGUGGUAACGCUGCUGCUGGCUUCAUGGUUGGCUUACUUAUUCAACUACAAGCUGCAGGCCAAAAAAGCCGAGAGAUCAGGUGCCCGAGAGCCGGUGGAUUCCAGGCCGCUGAUGGAUAACACCAGUCAGACCAGUCAGGUUAUUCCAACAGGAAAUGAGAAAUCCUCCUCAUCGAAUCACAUUACUGGCGACGGGUCCGAGCAGAGCGUCCAGUCGUCUAGUCCAACUCGGCCGUAUAGGAGCAGUCACGACUCCACAGGAACAGCCAAUCAUCAGAGACCGUCGGAGGAUGGUCAGCCUGAAGUGGUAGAAGUGGGUAAGAUUUCCUUCAACCCGUCAGAAGUAUUGGGACACGGGACAGAAGGAACAUUUGUGUUCAGGGGUCACUUUGACGGACGGCACGUGGCGGUGAAGCGCAUCCUCCCCGAGUGUGUGGAGUUCGCCGAGCGUGAGGUGCAGCUGCUGCGCGAGUCCGACGAGCAUCCCAACGUCAUCCGCUACUUCUGCACCGAGCGCGACCGCCAGUUCAUCUACAUCGCCAUCGAGCUGUGCGCCGCCACCCUGCAACAGUACGUUGAAGACCCAAGCUGUCAAUAUUCCAUGCUGGACCCAGUGACCCUGCUGGAACAGACUAUGUGUGGCCUCAAUCACCUGCACUCGCUCAACAUCGUUCACAGAGAUUUAAAGCCACGGAAUAUCCUCCUCUCCACGCCGGGAGCGCUGGGCCGAGUGCGAGCCGUGAUCUCUGAUUUCGGGCUGUGCAAGAAGCUUCCAGACGGCCGACGUAGCUUCAGUCUGCGCUCUGGGAUCCCUGGAACCGAAGGCUGGAUCGCUCCGGAAUUACUCGUCGAUGCUGAGAAAGGGAACCCUACGAGCGCAGUGGACGUCUUUUCAGCCGGGUGCUUGUUCUAUUACAUGGUGACCAAAGGGCAGCACCCGUUUGGGGACACGCUGCGGCGUCAGGCAAACAUCCUCUCUGGGGCCUACAGUCUAGAGCACUUCAUGGAGGAUAUACACGAAGACGUCAUCGGCAGGGAUCUAAUCGAACGAAUGAUCAGCGCGGAGCCUGAAUCUCGUCCCUCCACGGCCUCGGUUUUAAAGCAUCCGUUUUUCUGGAGGCAAGAGAAGCAACUCCAGUUCUUUCAGGAUGUCAGCGAUCGUAUAGAAAAGGAGCCCGCAGACAGUCCCAUCGUGGUCCGAUUAGAGACGUCAGGCAGAUCGGUGGUCCGAACUAACUGGAGAAUGCACAUCUCAGCACCCCUACAGGCUGAUCUGAGAAAGUUCCGCACGUAUAAAGGGAACUCCGUCAGGGACCUGCUGCGCGCCAUGAGAAAUAAAAAGCAUCAUUAUCACGAACUUCCCCCCGAGGUCCAGGCGGCGCUCGGCGAGGUCCCGGAAGGCUUCGUGGCGUACUUCACCUCCCGUUUCCCACGGUUACUGCUGCAUACACACUCUGCGCUGAGCAUCUGUGCUCCGGAGAGACCGUUUCACCCCUAUUAUCACCAUUAACACAGACUUAUUAAUGGAGUGGAUCGCUUUUAGGCCGUCGAAGACGAAGACGAGGAGAAAUCGCGCUCACGGAACUGAAAGAUUCGUCUCUCCUUCUGAUUCGUGGUAGAUGUUUAGCUAGGACGUUCGCAUGGCUGAGCCUCCUGUGAUGAACUGCCAUCCUGUCCACAACACUUCUUUUGGAGGAGAACUUGCAAACCUGCUGAUGACCCCCCGGUCUGCUCCGUGCCUUUAAUCCACAACAUCCUGAAGUGACCAUCUCAGGUCUGAUUAGCUGAAGGACGUGAGCCAAUUGAUUUAGCGGUGGAUUAGGACCUCUGAAGGACUCACUGAAGGACUGGGCGUGGUUGCAGCUGGUGUUAUUGUUCAGGUCAAACAUUUGGAGGACAGCAGGCGCUGUUUGUUAGCUGUUGUCAUGGAUGCACCGUGGAAGCGUCGCCUCUCCUUGGCACCCGAUGAGGUUUUAACCCUGAAUGUCAUGAUGAUUUCACAACUGAGGUUUAAAAAUCACACACACUUCUAGGGGACGUGACAUUCUUGGGACUUUAAUCUUUAAUCUUUAAUUUUAAAUAUCAUUAGGAUCAAAAAUACACAAACGGCAACUUUAAUUAGUUUGCUGGUGCGAUAAAGUCAGUCCUUGCCUCCUAAUUCCUUGUUAGUGAUUGUAAUUACAUCUCUGUGCCCUUAUAAAUAGAACUAGAAUGACUGCAAUGCAUUAGCCAGUGGAACAGUGGUCUCUUUUUUUUUAAGUCGGUAAUAACCCACCAAUUAAAGAUGCAGCCGGUCAGUCCUUUUUUAACAGCCUAAGAUCUGGAAAUAUUACAAACCUGCAGCCUUUGGUCCGAGUCCUUGGUACAACGAAACUUUCGCUCCACUACGAAUACGAAAUCGUUAAAGUCAGUAUUAACUUAAGUCCGGAUGAAUCCAAAGCUAAUGGCUGAUGACUGACCUAAUGUGCUCCUGCCAACGUGUCUUUUUGCAGCCCACAAAGAGUUUAUUUACCCUCAUACAGUUUGCGCCUUGUUUUAAUCUAUGUUCAGAAGUAAGAAAUACUGAAUGUCGUAUUGAGCUGGUCAGUAGCGCUGGUGUUGCCAAGACCCAAACCAUCUGAGUCUGAGACAAUACCAAGGACCUUACCGUCUGGGACAAGACCGAGACUCAUUUCAUCUAAAUGAUCAACGAGUCGACUCUUUUUAAGACCGAAUACCAGCUAUUUGAUUCAGUAUUGAAAAUCUAGAAAUUGUGCAGGUAAAUGUAAUAAAAUUUUGAAUUUAAAAAGCUGCUCCUUAUCUGAAAAACACAGCUAAACUAAGACCUCAUUACCGAGAAUCACCCCACCAGAUGGGGUGGUCCUGGUCCUUUCUGUGUGGAGUUUGCAUGUUCUUCUUGUGUCUGUGUGGGUUUCCUCCGGGUGCUCCGGUUUCCUCCCACAGUCCAAAAACAUGCAAGUGAGGUGAAUUAGAGAUACUAAAUUGUCCGUGACUGUGUCCUUGUGAACUGAUAAAUCUUGUGUAAUGAGUAACUACCAUUCCUGUCAUGAAUGUAAAACAUGACGUUAAAAUCCCAAUAAACAAACAAACAUUACCGAGAAUCACAGCAAAAUUACAUCCUCAUUACCGAGAAUCACAUCAAAUGUAUUUGACCUCACUACAGAGAAAUACAGCUAAGAAUUUUAGCCAAAGAAUUUUAGCAAACAGCACCUGUCAUCAGAGUCCCUGACCGUCAUCUAGGUGCUUUUCCAACAUUAUCUUUUAUUGUAUUAGCAAAAAA